AUGAGCUCUUCAGGUGCGCCAUUUCUGCACGGCACUCCUGCCGAGUACAAUUACAAGAGCGCUCCACAAGCUGCGCUCGAUAAUCGCGAAGUCCCAAAUUAUGGCGGCAAACUCCUCUCUGGAUCUAGUGGAGUCAAUUACGGUCUGUGGACUCGUGGUCACUCGUCUGAUUACGACGCUUGGGCCAAACACGUGGGGGACGAACGACGGAGCUAUGCUAACUUGCUCAAGUACUUCAAGAAGACGGAGAACUACCAGUGUUCGAACGUUGGCAGUGAAGUACACGGAGUUGAUGAGCCUAUUUCUGUGAUUCAUGGCACCAAAGAAUAUCCUCUAAGGAUGGAAAUCUUGAAUGCACUCCAACAACGUGGCCUUAGUCAAGCCCGACGGAACCAGCGGAGACCCGUUUGA